AUUUCUCAUUCUUUAUGGCUGAGUUAUAUUUCAUUUCAUUGACGUUUAAAUUUAUUUCUAUUGAGCUAGUGCAAUGGAGGAGAGGCAACUUCAUUGAAUUUUUUGUAUGUUCCAUUCGCAGCUGGUCUACAGGUGUGGGUUAUCUUCAAAACUUUUUUCUAUUUGGUGUGGGGUCAUACACAGGUGUAUCCAGGCUUCCUUUCAUGUAAUGAUACAGGAACACCGCUAGAUGGGAUGACCACUGUCUACUGGUAGGAGAGCACUGAAGAGAUACUGGGUUGUGUGUACAUGUUUCUGUACAACAUGACCAUAACUAAUGAGUUGGACUAGAUGUGGGAAUCUGCAGGUCCCCGGAUUUUAUGCCCAGGACUGACGUGGGCUGGAAUGGAAUCCAGGUUCCCAAAUUAUGUUUCAAGCAGAACAGUUUUGCAUGUAUAUGAUAUAUACAGUGGGCUUCAGAGUAAGAUAUUCUUUGAAGAGAGUAUUUGCCUAUUCCAUGGCUAAUGGCUCAUGGGCAUUUCUACUCUUUUGGAAGCAUUAGAAAACACGGCUAGGUGAUAAAUUCUAAACCUGGAUUAAUUAAUGGGAAGGAUUUACUUAUUUAAAAGAGAAUGGCUUUUCUUUCUCAAGUCUGUGCAUUUGGUGAAAUUCCAGUCAGUCUCAGUGCCAAAAUUUCUGAGAAAGAAUAAAUAAUUCAGGACCUUUGCCCUCCCAAAUACAAAAGUAUAUUAGGAAAUACAGCCAUAAAAGCACUGUGGUAUCAGUGCAAGAAUUAAGAAACGUCCUAGAAGAACAAAACAGGUUAGAAGCAGGGCUGCGUGUGUUUAAGCUUGGCAAAGUCAGUUCCUUUUAAAGAGAGUAAAAAAUGAAGUGGGGGAAAUGGAUUGUUUCUUAAAUGAUAGGGAGGCAACUGAAUGUCCAUUUGAUAAUGGCACAAGGUCUGUAUUAUAGAUGAGCAUAAAUUACUAAAAAACCUUCGACGCAGCAAAAGGCGCAGAAACUGGAGUCCGAAGUGGUUGCAGGCAGGAGCUUGCAGAUCCAGAACAGAGUGGAACAACAAGGCACCUGGCGGCCUCACAGGAGCCAGGAGCCAGGGCAGGCCGAGCUCUUCCAGCAGGGGGCAGGCUUCUCCUUUCCGAUGGAGCCUGCUCCAAAAGGGUGCUGCAUCCUGCUGUGGGAAUUCUUUGGAGACCUUGGCUUGUUCUCCUUGGACUGAGUGAAUUACAUUUUACUCCCUUGCCACCCUGUCUCUGUAAUGCUGGGGUUUUGGGGGUUUGUUUGGUGAUUUGGUUUUUUUGUGUGUGUUUUUUGUUUUGGAUUAUUUUUGUGCCUCUUGACAGACUGUUUAGAAGGCAUGCAUCUUGGAGGAAUCAUGCAUUUUGUAUCUAAGACUUCUGAGUCCCUUACUAAGUGUGCUUGCAUUCUUGGAACAAGAGAGAGGCUGCACAGUGAGCUCUGCACUGCCCGGUCCUGGAAUGGUGCCAUACUGUCACUUCUUGGGGUUACGACCAUAACAUUCUCUUUGAAUUUGGUGGUGGAGGACAUUCAAUACCUCAAUUUGGACAGAGGACCUUGGCUGAAGCAGGACGACCGCAGCCUCCAUAACCUGUGGAUGCGGGUUCAGGAUAAGUGGCAAGUGCUGAAUUACACAAGUAUCCCUGUCUAUCUCUCGGAAAUCACAAUCCGAGCUCACCAGAGUGACCGGCUCUACCACAAAUUCAGAGAGCUGUAAGGUCUGUAUUUCUACAGAGUCCUUCGACUGGGAGUGCAGAGGGAGGAUGGGCAUGGCUGGGAACAAACAGUGGGAAGAGGUGCUGGCCUUCAUGUCCUCUUCUGAUCCCCACCUUCUUACGGAAUCCUUCGUCCUCUGGGUGGAGAGUGUUUUCCAGCCAGGCUUCCUCAAGCGGGGGAGCCGUGGCCUGCGCUGAGCACCCCCGAGGCUGUGCACUAGCAUGGGUCGUUUCCAGUCUGCCGUGGCUGUGUUUGCUGCUGGCAAACGUGUGAAUGAUCGUGCUGUGGUCCACGCUCCCUGCUGUGCAGUGAACGCGUGUGUCCUGCAGAGAGCUCUCCACAGUCUGCUGUGAGAGGACCUGCCAGGUGCCCACGGCACCCAUCAAUGUCUGUUGCUUCCUGCUUUACUCGAGGACUGCGGUGGUUUUUCCACUGCAGACCUGGGGGUGGGGCACAGCUAUACAGACCUCGCCAGGCACCGCCAUGGCCAUCGGCGCGUGUUGCUGUCCUACAACUUGGCUGUGUUGCUUCUUCCUCUGGCUGGGCCAUGCAGCUCUGCACCUUGCUCAGCCUGCGGGUCAGCUUCCCCUCGCCUCCUGGGCCCUUCCCCUCCCGCUCCAAGAAGCAGCCACGCUGCAUGCAGACCCUCCACAGCCGCACCCAGGCCCUCUGCCACCAGAAGUCCUGGUAGUCCCACUUUGCUUAUGUUUUGAGGCUCGAGCUUUUAUCCUUUUGUUUGUAUGACAUUUUCUCCCCUGUAUUUAGUAAUGCUUUUUACCUUGCAACGUCAUUCAGUAUGUAUGUAGUAUAUAACACAUUUUUUUUUUUGGUGAGUAUAUGCAAAGUAGCUUUUUCUGUGUCUUUUAACUUCAGCCUAUCUUUAUACUUGUCUGUCUUUAUGUGUGGUUCAGGUUAGCCUUGAACUCACUGUGGAGCCCAGGCUGGCCUUGAAUGCAAAGUAACCCUCCUGUCU